GGGCCUCGUGGCCGGGCUGCCCGCCGCGCUGCCUGCGCCGCCCGGGGUCCGCCGGGGCGAGAUGCUGGAGGCCCCACCCCUGCUGUUGGUAGCCUUUUUAUUGGGCCUAUCACUGCUGGGGCUGCUGUUCUUCCUGCGACGCAGUGGCUUGCUUUUCAUCGGCUGGAACGAGUUCGUCCUGCAGCCCAUCUACAACCUGCUCAUGGGUGACAGCAAGGAGCAGCGCAUCCUGCGUUACGUGCUGCAGCAUGCCGUGGCCGGGGACCCGCAGAGCGUGCUGGAUGCCAUCGACACCUACUGCUCACAGAAGGAGUGGGCCAUGAACGUGGGCGACAAGAAAGGCCAGAUCGUGGACGCGGUGGUGCGGGAGCAGCGCCCCUCCGUGCUGCUGGAGCUGGGGGCUUACUGCGGCUACUCGGCCGUUCGGAUGGGCCGCCUGCUGGCACCUGGCGCCCGCCUGCUCACCAUCGAGCUCAACCCUGACUACGCUGCCAUCACCCAGCAGAUGCUGGACUUCGCCGGCCUGCAGGACAGGGUAACCGUGAUCAUUGGGGCGUCCCAGGACAUCAUCCCCCAGCUGAAGAAGAAAUAUGACGUGGACACGCUGGACAUGGUCUUCCUAGACCACUGGAAGGACCGGUACCUUCCGGACACGAUCCUCCUGGAGGAGUGCGGCCUGUUACGCAAGGGGUCGGUGUUGCUGGCUGACAACGUCAUCUGCCCAGGGUCGCCGGAGUUUCUGGCGUACGUGCGCGGGAACAGCCGCUUUAACUGCACACACUUCUCCUCCUUCCUGGAGUACUCCCAGACGGUGGACGGCCUGGAGAAGGCCGUCUACAUGGGCCCGGGCAGCCCGGCACGGCCUUGACCGCCUACACUCCUCUGGGUCACUCGCCAAGCCUGGUUAGGAAGGUCAUGAUGGGUAUGCUGCCGCCAACUCUGCUUCUGCAGUUCUGUCCUCAAUGCCAAGGCCAGCCACACUGGCCCCCCUGCACAUGGCUCCAGGCUGUCACACACCAACCCACCCCAGAGCAACCCGCUCACCAUGCACCAUCACUGCAAUCGAUCCGGCAAGUUAGGUGUGAAUACCAAACCAGGGGAGGGGGUGGCCAUGGCUCACUCAGCCCUGUUACCAGCAUUCCAGCAGGGUUUCUUACACGGACAGGCCCUUGACCCAGGAAAGGGGAAAGGUGGGAACAUCUGGAAACUUGGUGCUCUGCACCCAGUCUGUCCUCAAGCCCUGCAGUCUGUCCUCAAGCCCUGCAGUCACCAGGCGGCAGCAAUGCCUCAGCGAUGGCGCUGUGACCAACAACACAUCACACCUCUGAUUCCUCUGAGUUUCUUCUUCUCCUUUUUAAGAAGGAAAUGCAACUUCACUAACACUGGCCGACUGUUAACCAUUUUAUAUAUUGAUAUCACGACUAAAAGAUACUAAAAUAGUAAUUAAAGAUCUAAGUAUUUAGAUACAAGAGGUCAA